ACAUCAGCAUUGAAUGCGAAGGCAAUCAGAUGUCUGCCGUCGACAACAAAGGAAACUGUUAUAUAUUUGCUUUAAAACACAAUAAAGGGGUCGAAGGACUGCAGAAGAGACUCAAAUUCAAAGCCCAUCAGAAAUUCAUACUUAAAUGUCGUUAUAGUCCCGACUCUACACUCCUAUCGACGGCGAGCGCCGACCAAACGGCCAAAAUCUGGAGAACUGCCGAUUUGUCGGACUUAAACUCAUUGUCACAAACCAUCGAAAGCGACAAAAAGUCAAACAAACAGUUGAACGGCGCCCACAACUGGCCUAAAGUGGACUCUAUAUUACCCGCCGUUGAACUCAAAGACCCCAAUCAGAGAUGGGUUUGGGAUUUGGGCUUUUCGGCCGAUUCACAGUUUAUUAUAACGGGCUCAUCCGAUAAUAACGCCCGUCUCUGGAAUGUCUUCUCCGGUGAUGUGAAACGUGAAUACAGUGGCCAUCAAAAGGCCAUAACAGCCCUCGCAUUCUCCGACGCUUUGGUUUAGUAAUUAGUUAUAUAUUUAUUUUUAUAUUUUAUAAUAUACUAUGAAUUGUAUUCUGUUAUACAUUAUAUAUAAAUCAUUUCAAUAAAAUAUACAUAAAUUGAUUGUAAAAUA